GCGGCUGGCAUGCACCUUCACUACCUCUCUAGCUUAUAAGAAAUACACAGAGGAAAAAAAAAAGGGAAGAGAAAUCAAUGAUGAAGGUGAUGAAGGCAGCGAAGCCAUAUUUGGCAAUAGUGUUCCUACAGUUUGGAUAUGCAGGGAUGAAUGUUAUCAACAAGGUUGCUCUCAAGCACGGUAUGAACCAUUUCGUCCUUGCAGUCUACCGUCAUUUGGUCGCCACGCUUGUCAUUGCUCCCUUCGCUUUUUUCCUUGAAAGGGAUGCAAGGCCGAAGAUGACACUCCCCAUCUUCCUCCAAAUAACUGCGCUUGGUUUCCUUGAGCCAGUGAUUGACCAAAAUUUAUAUUUUCAAGGUAUGAAAUAUACCUCAGCUACCCUGGCUUCUGCUACCGCCAAUGCUGUUCCUGCCAUUACCUUUGUAUUGGCACUCAUUUUCAGACUAGAGAAGGUGGAUGUGAAGAAGUUACACAGUGUGGCCAAGGUGAUAGGAACUGUAAUCACGGUGAUGGGGGCAAUGGUCAUGACUUUGUACAUUGGUCCCGCCAUCCAUUUCGUCAAGUCUGCGGGAGCAAUCCACCUUGGAAACACCACUGAAUCUGAUAAGCACAACCACUUUAUUGGCAUCUUGUUCAUGUUAGGAGGCAUUAGCUGUUGGGCAGGCUUCUUCAUAUUACAAUCAUUCACACUAAAGAAGUACCCAGCAGAACUCUCUCUUACAGUUUUGGUAUGCUUGAUGGGAACAGUAGAAGGUGCUGUGGUUUCUCUUAUGUUUGAAAGAGACAUGAGUGUCUGGAAACUUGGCUUUAACAGCAAGCUCCUUGCUGUUGCUUACUCUGUAAGUUUAAGUUUUAAAAUAGCAAAACCAUCUACAAACACAAAAUCACAGAGGAAAGGAAUAUUCUAACAUGUGAAAUUUCAUCAGGGAGUGGUUUGCUCUGGAAUUACUUAUUUUGUACAAGGGGUUGUGAUUCGAGAACGAGGCCCUGUUUUUGUAACAUCUUUUAGUCCUUUGUGCAUGAUCAUAACUGCUACUCUUGAGGCCAUAGUUUUGAAAGAGUUAAUCCACUUAGGAAGCAUACUUGGAGCCAUUCUCAUAGUAGUUGGACUAUACACAGUGGUGUGGGGCAAGAGCAAAGAUAUGAAAAGUACAUCAGAAGAGUUGAUUACGACUAAAGAUAAAAGUUUAAACUAAGAAUUGUCCAUUGUCGAUCAUGGAGGCAUAAUCGAUGCUCCUGUCAAAAUUCUUAAAAUUCCAGCUCCAAACAAACAUCAGAUCAGAUUCUAUUGCGUUCAAUAAUAAUGUUAUCCUGUCUAUCUAGCGUGUCUGGUCUAAUCCAUCUCUCCAAACUCGCUCCAUCUGUGUACUAGCUCUAGGCAUGUACCAGCCUACCCUGCUUCUUUUGAUGUUGUACUUUUGAACUAAUCAAAGUGCCUUAAUGAAAUUAAUCAAUGUUU